GGCUUUCAGUCCCGCUGUUGUCUCUACGUGAGAAACUUGAAACUAAUUCUACUGAAGUUAGGAUUCGCGGGAAUACAUAUCGCUGGCUGGAACUUCCGGUUCCCAACACCGACAGAGAGACUUUUAUAGCAUAUCUGCACCAUCUACAUCAUCACCGCCAUGACUUUAUACUGGCUAAUAGACAUAUACGCAUUCGAGCUUCACCCUGUGUUGUGCAGGUGCUGGACGACCUGCUUCCGACGACAUAAGCUAGCAUCUGACAGCGACACCGCGGACGAGAAGCACCCAUCGACACUUCAUGUCAAAGCUCAUGCCGUUGCUGAAAAGAUCAGAAAUAAUUCUCCGCAUAAGGAUACAGAUUUGUAUACCCCGCUGAAAAGUCUAAUGCCGAUCACUUUUGUGGCGGCCGUUUACUGUCUCGCGAGAGGCUAUGUGGUUAUUGAUGAUCUUGUAAAUUUAAGAUUGCUACCGGCAAGUGCGUAUGAAUCCGUCAGAUGGAGCCCUUUCAUUCCUCACUUGUGAAGGAAUGAUAUUUUCUUGAUGCAAAUGUAAUUAUUGUGUCC